AUGAGUGCCAUCUUAUCCGCAGACGACCUCAACGACUUCAUAUCGCCCGGUGUCGCCUGCAUCAAACCCGUCGAAACCCUGCCAACAGCCCCUCCCACUCAACCAUCGAACGAAACAGAAGUCAUCCUCGACGGCCAACAUCCCGCCGCGCCGCAGUCGAAUGCGCCUGCCGAAAUCUCCUUGACAGAUUGUCUUGCUUGUUCGGGGUGUGUCACAUCAGCAGAGGCCGUCCUGGUGAGCUUGCAAAGCCAUGCGGAGGUGUUGUCGUUGUUGGACUCGGCGCCAGCGCUGAAAGUGGCGGGGCCCGAUGCGAGCGGUAAUUAUGCUGUGGAAGGGUUGGAGGAUCCAGAUGCCAAGCUGUUCGUCGCGAGCGUGAGUCCGCAGUCGAGGGCGAGUUUGGCGGCCGCGUGCGGUGGCAAGUCUGAGAAGCAAGCGGGACACAUGCUCGAGCAACUGCUCAGUGGACCAGCAGGCCUGCCCAGUGGCGGCAAGUUCAACAACGGCUUCACCUGGGUGUUUGAUACCAACGUUGCGCGAGAAGCUAGUCUGGUGCUGGGUGCGGACGAGGUCCUCGAGACUUCGAGGCCUGGUGUCUCGGCUCCCUCCAAGCCCAUACUGGCCGCGUCCUGUCCGGGAUGGGUCUGCUAUGCCGAGAAAACACACCCCCACGUGCUGCCAAAUCUGUCAAGGGUCAAGUCCCCUCAAGCGCUGAUGGGUACACUGCUCAAGACGGUUCUGAGUCGCAAGCUUGGCAUCCCGCCAAGCCGAAUCUGGCAUCUGGCUGUCAUGCCAUGCUUCGAUAAAAAGCUGGAGGCCAGCCGAGAAGAGUUGACAGACGAAAUCUGGGAGGGUUCGGGCCAGCCUGGUCGAGGUGUGCGGGAUGUCGAUUGCGUGAUUACCAGCAAGGAGAUCUUGAUGCUCGCCCAGUCCAGGGAUACCGACUUCUUCGCGAUGCCUCCGACACCUGUACAGGCGGCAACACGCGAAGGGUUUCCCGACGGAAAGCUCAGGGACUUCUUGUUCCCUCGACGAACAGCGGGCAAUGCCCCUGAAUCGGCUGGCUCUUCGGGGGGGCUCCUGUACCACAUUCUUCAAACAAGAGCGGCGCAGAUACCAGGGUCCUCCAUCCAGAUGAACCGCGGCCGAAACACCGACGUUGUUGAAUACACCAUCACAGCCAACGGCGAGACCGUAUUCAAGGCAGCCCGAUAUUACGGGUUCCGAAACAUCCAGAAUCUGGUGCGAAGACUGAAGCCUGCCAAGCCCUCCCGUAUGCCUGGAGGGAAGCCAUUUGGCAGCGCACGACGACCAACUGGCAAGUCUUCUUCCCUCGAAUACGGAUACGUCGAGGUCAUGGCCUGCCCGGGGGGCUGUACCAACGGUGGCGGCCAGAUCAAGGUUGAAGAUCCCAUCGUUGUCGAGAGGAAGAACUUGUCGGGAAAGCCAGGUCCUCAAGCGCAGAAAGAGUGGUUGGCAGAGGUGGACGAGGCCUAUUUCUCCAGCGACGAGACUGACGCUGCAGGCGGCCAUGAUGCCGGAGAUGUCAUCGGGGGAAUAUCUCGCGCCUAUAUCCAUGAUACCCUGGCGCACUGGGCUGACGCCACCGGCAUAGGCCUCGACAAACUCGCCUACACGAGUUAUCGCGAAGUCAUCAGCGAUGUUGGUAAGGAUACCACCGACACAGAAAAGGUGGUCCAACUCGCGGGCAAGAUCGGCGGUGGCUGGUAG